GGUCCCCUCGCCGCGAUGCCGGCCGUCGGGCCCUGGCGCCCCGGCUCGCACCCCUGGCCGCCGCUCUCAGGGGCGGGCUCCCGGCAGCCAUUCGGCGCCCGGCUGACAGACGGGCUCGGGAAACUUUGUCAGGACGCGACUGCCCGGAGCCGGCGCCCGCGGUGGUGCUGGCUGGGUCCGCGUUCCUGCGGGCGCGGCGAGCACGCAGCUCCGGAUGGGAGUUUGCCCUCGCCGCCGCCGUCGCUGGGCAGCGCGGGAGCCGGCCGGAGGAAACUUGCUCGGGUGAAAGAACUCGUCCUGGACAACUGCCGGUCAAAUGAAGGCAAAAUCGAAGGCCUCACAGAUGAAUUUGAAGAACUGGAAUUCUUAAGUACAAUCAACGUAGGCCUCACCUCAGUCGCAAACUUACCAAAGUUAAACAAACUUAAGAAGCUUGAACUAAGCGAUAACAGAAUCUCAGGGGGCCUGGAAGUAUUGGCAGAAAAGUGUCCGAACCUCACGCAUCUAAAUUUAAGUGGCAACAAAAUUAAAGACCUCAGCACAAUAGAGCCACUGAAAAAGUUAGAAAACCUCAAGAGCUUAGACCUUUUCAAUUGUGAGGUAACCAACCUGAACGACUACCGAGAAAACGUGUUCAAGCUCCUCCCGCAACUCACGUAUCUCGACGGCUACGACAGGGACGACAAAGAGGCCCCUGACUCAGAUGCUGAGGGCUACGUGGAGGGCCUGGACGACGAGGAGGAGGACGAAGAUGAGGAAGAGUAUGAUGAAGAUGCUCAGGUAGUGGAAGACGAGGAAGAUGAGGAUGAGGAGGAGGAAGGUGAAGAGGAGGAUGUGAGCGGAGAGGAAGAGGAGGAUGAAGAAGGUUAUAAUGACGGGGAAGUAGAUGAUGAGGAAGACGAAGAAGAUCUUGGUGAAGAAGAAAGGGGUCAGAAGCGAAAACGAGAGCCUGAAGAUGAGGGAGAAGAUGAUGACUAAGUGGAAUAACCUAUUUUGAAAAAUCCCUAUUGUGAUUUGACUGUUUUUACCCAUAUCCCCUCCCCGCCCUCCAAAUCCUGCCCCCCGAAACUUAUUUUUUUCUGAUUGUAACAUUGCUGUGGGAACGAGAGGGGAAACGUGUACUGGGGGUUGCGGGGGGGAGGGAGGGCGGGAGGGGGUGGAAUAAAAUACUAUUUUUACUGCCACUCUUUAUUUUUCCCCCUACUUUUUCUUUGUGUCUGGUUUUUGUCCCUGUAAAUGCGAUAGCUGAGUACACGCCAAGUGAGCAUUUGUUCCUUACUCUCAAAGAGGAUGGCUUGGAGUUCUACAGUUCCAGGUAUUUCCCAGGUCUCUUGAGUUGGUUGGAAAGCCAUGGCUGGCCUCAGUUUGGUCACUCAAAGCCCAGGAGGGACUGAGUACCAGCCGUAUCUUUAACUCUUGCUCUGGUUCAUGUGAUUUCUGCUUUUCUUGGGCCUGCUAGAGGCAUCCAACGCCCAGGUUUGUAAAUAGCAACCUAGAGGCGUAUUUUGGCACUGUUUGGGGACAUUCCCCGUCUCUCAUCCCUUUUCCCCCUUCACAGAUGGUGGUGGGCUUCACUCUACAAAGAGGACUCUGAUGUUACUCUUGAGAGCUUGUGAGCCAGAGAGCUGGAAACGGCAGGCUUAUGAGUUACAAGUAGAAUGGAUUUGGUAAUUAUAAUUAGAAGAAAUAAGCCCUCAAACUUAAACCUCUUUAAAAGAAAGAAAAAAAUGUCCUAUCUUGUUCUGUAAAAUAUUAGAACGCUUUGUUUUACAAAAAUGACGAGAGAAUUCUUCCACAUGUACUUCUGUGCUUAGAACAUUUUUAUAAACCUAAGCGCUGGAGACGUUGCUGCAUGUCGGCUGGGUUUUUUUUUUCAUAUACCCGAGCACGGAAAAACUAACGCAAAUUGUAUUUUCUUACCUAGUGGAAAUCUGAAAUGACUGCAAAUUCCUAGUGAAUGUACAGGUUUGCUUUCAUGUCCCUCUUCUGGACUGCUUUAGAAGUGAUGUGUUGUUCCUCACCCAUGUUCCAUCUGUAUAAAAGAACAUCGGCACCAGUUUUUCUCCUGCCCCUCAGAAGAGCCAAACUUUGAGUUUUAUGUCUGUUUGUCAUUGAUAAAUUUCAAUAAAUCUUUUUAUACAAUUUU